CGACUCAGUAGCCACGUCUGGGCAUGCGCAGAGAAACAGCGGAGGCAUGUGGGGGUCUUGGAAUUUCCUUAAAAUUUUAUUGCUUUAGUUUUGUUUUCCCACUGGUUUAGAAGAGCGACCGGAAACCUCAAGUAGAGGAGACAGGGUUCUGGUUCCGGAAGCACGGGUUGGCCUGGUGAACCUUCAGUCUGAAAUUACCCGAAGCCAAAGAGUAGUCAGGAAAGCCUUCUCGAGGUGGGAAACGAAGGUUCUGCCUUCCGAAAGCCUGGCUGAAGAAGAUGACUGAAGAUCAGACUUUGCUUGCCGUGCAGGAGGCCCUGAGAAAGUGCUUUCCCGUGGUGGAGGAGCAGCAGGGCCUGUGGCAGAGUGCUCUGAGAGAGUGCCCGCCCCUCCUGGCCUCUCUCAGCAACCUGGCAGAGCAGCUGCAAGCCGCGCAGAACCUGCGAUUUGAGGAUGUGCCCUCACUUCGGGCCUUCCCGGACUUAAAGGAGCGGCUGAGGCGCAAGCAGCUGGCGGCUGGUGACACUAUCCUGGACAAGCUAGGAGAGAGGCUAGCCACCCUCCUCAAGGUGCGUGAUGUGGUCAGCAGCCACGUGGAGCAUGUGCUUCAGAUCUAUGAGCAGCACGCAGACACGAUUGGCCUCGAUGCUGUCCUACAGGCUUCAGCUGCGAGCCCCUCUGUGGCUGAAAUGUUGGAGUGGUUGCAGGACAUUGAGAGGCAUUAUCGGAAUUCGUACCUGAAGAGGAAGUACCUCCUGUCCUCGAUCCAGUGGGAAGACUUGGGAAACAUCCAAACUUUGCCGAGAGCCUGGGACCGAAUCUCAGAAGAUGAACACCCGGACCUUGUACGAGAUGUCCUCUUGAAUGUUUCCUUCUUCCUGGAAGAGUGAAGAAGCUGUGUGUUUAUCGGGAGACUAGGGGGACACAGGUAAAGACUGACAUUGCUGCCCUCUGAUAUGUCUAAAGAAAUGUCAGUACGGCGUCCUGACUUACUGGAAGUGUCAGUGCCCAGCGCCUGAGGACUGGCUCUUCAGAGGAUUCUGCUGGACAUUCCUGAUGUUGGGGCUGCUUCAUGCUGGGUCAUGGGUGAGGGUACAUGGUCACCCCUUGCCCUUUCCUAAGACUCAGGAGAGUGGACAGAGGCAGAGAGGAUGCAGGAAAGGCGGUGCAGAAGAACGCCAGGGACAGAAGCAACAGCCACAGAAGUGGUGAGGAAGGAAAGGGCCGGGUAGAGUCGGCUCCUCCCCCAGCAUCAUCCAAAUCCCUGAGCCUCGUUGACCCCAGGGCCUGGUCGCCUCUCCUUUUGUCAGUACCUGACUCCUUGAUGGAAAAAAGUGUGGCUUUGAUGAUUUAAAGAAGUGGAGGUGAUGUUGAUGGAAAACUCAUUGUUUUCCAGUUGCAACGGCUCCUUAUCGUCAGGACACUUUCUAGAGCCUUCCACCAGGGGGAGGUGGUGCAGCAUGAAUUCUGAGUGUUUUGUGUUUGGAGCUGUUCCCUUGUUGCUCUUACUGACAGUAAGUAACUAGGGAUAGUGGGGAUCUUAAAAUAACAGGGUUUUCUUUUUACCAAAGCCAGCAGCCAAUUUGCUACAGGCCCCUGAUCUUGGAGUAGCUGCAUGGAUGGGAGGUCACUAGCCCAGAGUCAGGCAAUCAGGAUUGUGUUUCUGAGGCCCAGUGCCUUCAUCUGUGAAAUGGUCAUGGUCCUUGCAGACCUGUCAGCUUCCUGGGCUGGUUAAAAAUCUUGGUCAUUGGAUGUAAAGGGACUUAAGAAAGAAUAUAAAUAUUUUUCAAAGUGAAAAUGACUUUUUAAGUUACAAAAGUGAUGAUAUGCUUUUUAAGAAAUUAUAGAAAAAUUGUGGAAAACAUUUAAAAUGUAGAAAAGCAUAAAACGAACUCUAUCAGAGAUAUUUUAUAUGUAUCUUUUCAGCGUCCAUAGUCACAAUUUUUUUAACAAAACAAUUUGGGUAUCAUUGAUACAUACUGUUUUUCAAAUUGUCUUUAAAAAGCACCUUUAUAUAGUUUGGCUAGUUUUUCAUAUCUCUCUCUGAAUAUAGCUCAACACAAUUAUAUAUACCAUUCUAUGGAUUAUUAUAGUCUUAUGUUUUACAUGUAUUUUUUAAGUCUUCAUGUUUUUCUACCUGUGCGUGCAUGCUAAGUCACUUCAGUCGUGUCCGACUCUUUGCGACCCUAUGGACUAUAGCCUGCCAGGCUCCUCUGUCCAUUGGAUUCUCUAAGCAAGAAUACUGGAGUAGGUUGCCAUGCCCUCCUCCAGGGGAUCUUCCUGACCCAGGGAUUGAACCCAUGUCUCUUGUGGCUCCUGCAUUGCAGGUGGAUUCUUUAUGACUGAGCCACCAAGGAAGCCCAUCAUGUAUAUAAUAAUUGUAAAUAACCUUAAGGCCUUUAGGUAUUUAGGUCUUAGGAUGUACUCUGGGGACAGAGGUAAAGGAGAUCCCAGAAAGAUUUAUAGUUCAACCAGGGAAAGAUUUAGUGUUUCUCAAGCUUGAGUUCAGUUUGGUUCAGUUGCUCAGUCAUGUCCAACUCUUUGCGACCCCAUGGACUGCAGCACGCCAGGCUUCCCUGUCCGUCACCAACUCCCAGAGCUUACUCAAACUCAUGUCCAUUGAGUCAGUGAUGCCAUCCAACCAUUUCAUCCUCUGUCGUCCGCUUCUCCCGCCUUCAAUCUUUCCCAGCAUCAGGGUCUUUUCCAGUGAGUCAGUUCUUCACCAUCAGGUGGCCAAAGUAUUGGAGUUUCAGCUUCAGCAUCAGUCCUUCCAAUGAAUAUUCAGGACUGAUUUCCUUUAGGAUUGACUGGUUUGAUCUUGCAGUCCAAAGGACUCUCAAGAGUCUUCUCCAACACCACCGUUCAAAAGCAUCAAUUCUUUGGUGCUUAGCUUUCUUUAUAGUCCAACUCUCACAUCCAUACAUGACUACCAGAAAAACCGUAUCUUUGACUAGAUGGACUUUUGUCAGCAAAGUAAUGUCUCUGCUUUUUAGUAUGCUCUCUAUGUUGGUCAUAGCUUUUGUUCCAAGAAGCAAGCGUCUGUUAAUUUCAUGGCUGCAGUCACCAUCUGUAGUGAUUUUGGAGCCCAAGAAAAUAAACUCUGUCACUGUUUCCAUUGUUUCCCCAUCUAUUUACCAUGAAGUGAUGGGACCAGAUGCCGUAAUCUUUGUCUUCCAGGCCCUGAUGCUGGGAAAAAUUGAAGGCAGGAGGAGAAGGGGACGUCAGAGGAUGAGAUGUUGGAUGGCAUAUAAAUCACUGGUAUCUUGUUAAAAUUUAGCUUCCUACUCUGUAGGUCCAGGGUGGGGCCCUGGACUCUGCAUUUCUAACAAGGUCCCAAGUGAUGCUGAUGAUCCAGGGACCAGACUUUAAGUUGAAGAGAUUUACAUUGUCAUACAAUAGUGAAAGUGUAUUUGCAGUCAAAACAGAGUUCUGUGGGAGGAUAGAGGUGACAACCAACUGCUUGGGGGGCUACUUCACAGUGACCGUGACAUCUCAGUCGGGCCUUGAGGCUUGGAGAGGAGUGCAGGGUGCUCCACACCCGGGGACAGUGUAAUCACAGGCAGUAUUUGAGAAAGAAUGGAAGCUGACACCUGCUGGGGGUUUGCUGUGUGUGGGCAUCGUGUUUGUGGCUUGUACACCCUAGAACUGGAAGCGUUAACAGUUGAGUAUAGCCAGUCACUGGGGUUCACAGGGGGAUGUAAGAGUAAUGGGUCUGUAAGGGCAGACUGGAAUGAAUUUGUGAAGAGCCCUGAAUACCUUGCUCAAGAGUAUGUAUUUUGCAAAUAGGAGUUGCUCAUCUGUGUAUGUGUGUGUCUGUGUGAGUAUAGUGAAGAGCUUGUUAAACCUCCCUCAUUUAAACAAGUAAUCAUGACUGUGAAUAGCUACAAGUAUGUUUAUGGUGCUAAGUAAUAACUAUGUAUUAUUUAGGUAUAAUUGUCCCUUCUUAGCCAUUCUUAUGGUAUUAAAUUGCUAUCCUUCUAA